GUUCUAAGUUACUAGCUGUUUGGCACAUGACCUUUCACCCAAACGUCAUGACGUUCGGUAAAACGUCACGAAGAGGAAAGAAUACCAACAUAGAAGAAAAUAAAAUUACAGAAAAGGAAACGGUAGUAGAAUCCACCUAGGGAAUCGGCGAACUGUCAGUUUAGGGUUUAGUAAGAGUCCACGGUACAACAGCGAUUUUCUUUUUUUCUCUUCAUGGUGAGCUUGAAGUUGGCACUAUAAGAGACACCGGUAGGAUUGAAUUUCUAUGAAAGGCUUGAUUACAGCCAUGGAGGAGCAACAUUUACACUGCAUUAACUGUGUCAGCAGACGAUGUAUGACAAGACCAGAGACAGGUGUUUGCUGCGAUUUGAUUGGCUGCCCAUUGGUCUGUGGUGCAGUGUUUCAUUCAUGCAAAGCUGCUGAACAUCGUCUCUUGUGCCCACUGGAAAGGGUACCAUGUUUAAAUAGUGGUUUUGGUUGCCCUUUUACUGUAGCGAGGAAUAAAAUUACAGACCAUUUGGAAGUAUGUCCAGCAAGUGUAGUGUGCUGUACUAUGGAAUGGAAUAGGUGGCCUGUAAGCUUCACAGAUCGAAAAUCGUAUGAAAAUUUAAGUAAAGACAUUGAUCAGAUAGAACAGUUAGAUAUGGCUUUAGCUCUACAAGAUCAGCGCAUGUUGUUAGAAUCUUUAAAAGUGGCAACUAUGGUGUCUAAGACAUCUGAGAAGCAGUCUAAUUGUAGGGAGCAGGUGUGUGUUGGUGCCAGUAUGCAAGACAAAAAAUGUGCAAAUGGAUUUAUAUCUGUUGAUGAAAAUUCCUACAGUGAACUUUAUCAAGCUACUGUUGAAACCACAAAGAGCUUAGCUGCUGCUCUUGAUAUUCUGAAUAAUGCUACAAGAGAUGUUGAUGUGGCUAAUGGAGGAGUAUCUGAAGAGGAUUUUGAGGUGCUUGGAAGCAGCCAAUUUAAGCAAACUGUUUCUGAUAUUUUAUUGAAUGUGGAUGAGUGUGUAGACGAUUGUAAGAUGUGUGUAGACGAUUGUAAGAUGGGAGCAGUCAGUGGAGUAGACUUUGAUACUGUGCAGAAACACAAGACUGUCUGUUUACGCCCACAGCAAAAUGGUUUUAGUGACUUUAAUGGGAAAUGGAUUGAAGAAAGUGACCGGACUGAAGAAAGUGAUAUGAAUGGAAGCAGUGAGAUGUGCUCAAAGACGCUUUGUAAUGGUUUCCAUGUAGUUAACACCGAUCAAGAAGAACUUGAUGAGGAUGACAUGGAUUUAGAUGUUUGCAGUUCAAAGUAUUCUGAGUUAAUGGCAGUGUCCAGUAAUAAUCAUGUUGAGGACCUUGAGCCAGUAAAGCCUUGCUCUUUGCCUGUUGUAUCUCGGCAGCCAUCUGUCAGAGAUGCAGCAGUUCCAGAUAUGUUGUCUAAUGGCUUACAGUUUCAUUUGCCGUUGCCUGUGAAAAUUGCCGGUGAUAGAAGCUUGGAGAGGGAAGUAGAUGAGCAGCAGAGGAUAAGAGCGAGUGUUUUUGCUGUAAAUGCGCGACGUCCAUUUCUUGGUGACCCACAGUGGUUUCAAGAGAAAAUGGAAGAUAAAGCAAUAGAUACAUCAGAUUUAGAAAUAACAGAAGAUCCCAUGGGCCUCCAAGGAAUUGAUCUUAUCACAGCUGCCUUAUUGUUUUGCUUAGGAGACUCUCCAGGUGGAAGAGGAAUUUCAGAUAGCCGGAAUGUUGAUGGAUAUCACAUUGAUUUUGGAACACAGACAUUUUCUUUUCCUUCCGCUAUAUUGGCUACAAACACAAUGGUGGGAGAAAUUGCUUCAGCUUCUGCUUGUGAUCAUGCUAACCCUCAACUGUCUAAUCCAAGCCCUUUCCAGACACUUGGACUAGACCUAGUGUUGGAAUGUGUAGCAAGGUACCAAACUAAGCAACGUUCAAUGUUUACAUUUGUCUGUGGACAGUUAUUCAGAAGAGAUGAGUUUUCUUCACACUUUAAGAAUGUGCAUGGUGACAUUCAUGCAGGCCUUAAUGGAUGGAUGGAACAAAGGUGUCCAUUAGCUUAUUAUGGUUGCACGUAUUCGCAGCGAAGAUUCUGCCCUUCAGUGCAGGGUUCAAAAAUUAUCCAUGAUAGGCAUUUAAGGUCAUUUGGAGUGCAGCCUAAUGUGCCUCUGACAAAAGUAGCUGAACCUGAAAAAAGUACUGUAUUAACUGAUCAUCUCAGCAGUCUGCCUUUUGAAAUACUACAGCAUAUUGCUGGAUUUCUUGACGGUUUCAGUUUAUGUCAACUUUCUCUAGUAUCUCGACUUAUGAGAGAUGCAUGUGCCAGCUUGCUUCAGGUUCGAGGAAUGGUCACACUCCUCUGGGAAAAGAGACAGUAUCCCAAUGGUACAUCAUCUUGGCAAAUGAAAGACAAGGUAUGGCGAUUUAGUACUGCAUUUGGUACCGUUAACGAGUGGAAGUUUGCUGAGAUCACGAAUAUGGCUGACCACUUAAAAAAAUGCAAAUUUAAUACUGUGGAAAAAAGAGAAGAAGCAAUUCCACUACCUUGCAUGUGUGUGACACGAGAACUUACAAGGGAGGGACGAUCAUUACGCUCAGUUUUGAAGCCUGUCCUCUGAAAAGAUUGUAGAAAUCCUACCUGCUGCUCAAGCAGAUCUGAAUGUUCAAGCACUCACAUUUGUAACCUCUGUGGACUUCAUGACACUUUAAUUUACUAAAGAUGAAGCUUGUUAAAUCUACUUGCACCAUGUAUAUAACGUUUUGAUGUGAAAUUUAUUUUUGAUAAACUCUGAACUGUUGGGAGGUUACAGACAGCGCCUUAAUGUUUGCAGAAUUACUGAUCAUUUUGAACAUUGAUUGUUUUCACGUUUGUGUUUCUGUCUUCCUUGUUACCGAUACCUGAUUUUCUUAACUAUACAUUUUGUUUUGGUGCAUGGUUUGCUAAGACCUAUUUACCGCAUUUUUUUCUUCACCAACAACUUAAUAAGUUGGCAUUUUUUUCCAUGUGUUGUGUAAAUGUAUUGGCAGAUGCCUUAUUUUACAUUUUGACCAAACUUGUAAGUCAUUCUGCAAGUGUUGUCUUGUUUACACUGUACAGUUGAAAUUAAGCAAGCACAUACAUAGGACUUCAAUAUAUUUUAACUACAAUAACCAUUCACGUUUAUGGUUAAAAUAAUUUUAAAACUGUUGAGUUAUACACAGGUUUUUGGAGUCUUCAUAAACAUUUAAUCACAUUAUUGAAACACAGCUAGCUAUAGAAUUGUAGUCAUCAUUUGGAAUGUGCAUAUUAAGUUGCUUCUGUAAGCCAUAUGACAAAAAUAGUGAAUUUUACUGGAUCCAAGCAAAGGUAUUCUGGUUUAGCACUUUAUUUUUUAAUGUAGUUUUGCAGUUUAAAGUUUACUUUACAUUGUAAUGCACUUCUGAGUUUUUCAGGGGAGCAGAUCCUUUUUUGCUGAUACUUUGCAGUUAGCAUGUGAAUACUAAACUUUUAACAUGUUUACAGACCCUCAUUGCAUUCAUAGAACACUACUACUAUUCAUGUUAAUGGCUUCCACAAAAUUACUUUAUUCUGUUUAUGCACAUUUUUUUUUUCUAUUCAGGUAGCUUAAUAACCUUCUGAUGUUUUUUUCUCUUCUGUACAGCAUAGGAGAAAGAAUAUAUAUAAAUAUUAUUUAAACAUUUUUAUAAACGCAGUUUGGUUUCAUUUUUAAUAACCCACUGAAAUGCAGAAUUAAAAGUAAUACACACAAGCAUAUUUAAGUUUGCAUGUCAUCAUGUUUGGUGUGUGCUCUUAAGUUAGGGUACUAGCAUAAGCUGUGCUUUCCUCAUAUUCCAUUUAAGCUCAUUCAAUGUGCUGUGUGUGUAUUAGUUAGCCUUUUCAAUAUGUGCCAUUUCUGACAUAAUAAAAUACUGAUCAGUAAAACUA